AUGGAGAGUGUUGAUAUAGAGAGAUCACCUACGGUGGAACCAGAUGGAAACGAGAGGAAUUCAAAUAAGACCAAUGGCACUAAUAAUGGCUCGAAAGCCAAACGUUCCAAGACAUUCACGGGAUGCUUUACAUGCCGUUCACGAAAAAUCCGAUGCGAUCUUGAGAAACCAGCAUGUAUGAAGUGUACUAAAGCUGGAUUAAUCUGUUCAGGGUAUGAUAUCAAACUCCGAUGGUCAUUGCCUAUCGAAUUCAAUUCGAAGAAUGGAAGUGCAUAUUCUAAACUGGUAGUGUUCAAAUCAAAGAGUAAGAAAAGUGCAAAAGGCAGUUUGGAUGAGGACGAUGAAGAAGAAGGCAAUGGUAUGGAUUUCUUUCAAAGAAGACAAGUAGGGUUUGUUGUAUGGGAUGAAAAACGAAAUUGUAAACCAUAUGAGACUUAUGAAGAUAUGGAUCGAGAUUUAGGAAUAUUGCACAACUCGGGAAAUGACCAGCUUGUGAAUCUGGAGGGUAAAACAAAACUAUUGGGUCCAUUUGGAGUAUUCAAAGGUAAAGGAGCGUUGAAACGAAGUCAAAGCAAGGAUAGAUCCGAGAAAUCUUUAAAAAGGCAAAGGGGAAUUGAAAAGAGUGCUAGAACCCCUCUUAAUAAAUCACUUCUUCACUCCUCGGCUAGUACACCCACCACCACUACAGGAACACCAGGCAUGUCAAUGUAUAUGGACUCUACUGCUCCUCAUGAUCAGCUUUGGUUGUCCAAUGAAUUGCGAGAUGAUGCGUUAUUAACAGCAGCUGCGUUAGAUACCCAAUUUUUAGACUUCAUGAACGCAGGGAAUAAUAUACUACCACCAAAUACUAACCAAAGAAGCUACAAUUCUGGAUACAACUUUAAUAAUCCCAAUGAUUUGUUGAAUUUGGUGUUUCAUAAAAAUCAGAGCAUGAGCGGGCCUGCUCUUGCGUCACAUACACAACCACAACCUUCCAACAGUCACAUGUCCAUGUCUAAUUUGCUCAAUGAUACCAAUUCUUCAAAUACGAUGAUUGAUCCUACCAACCAGCAUCUUUACUAUUCAAACUAUAACGACUACUACUAUAACAAUCCUUACUCAACCAAUGAGACUUUACAAAUUCACUUGCAUGCGUCACCGAAAGUUAAUGCUGACGAUGAUGCAGAAACUACUGAUUUAGUGGAUGGAGAAAACGCCCAUUCAACCCACAUGCCCACAUCUAUUAUGAGCAUUGUACAAAGUCCUCUCAAAUUAGGGUUUGACUUAUCAUUUCCAGCCACAUCUUCCACAUCACCUCAAGUGGGUAUUCCUACAACCGCAUUACAAGUGCAGCCAUUAACACGAUACUUGUUGAAUUACUAUGUGAACCAAGUAGCUGAUUUAAUGACUGUCAUUCCAUUAACUGAAAACCCAUGGAAAACAAUUUAUUUUCCCCGAGCAUUAAUGGCAAUUGGUGAAUUACUGGCAUUGGGAAGAACCUCCACGGCGAAAAACGCAUUGUUGAAUGCAUUACUUGCAGUUUCAGCAUUCAAUUUGCAAUCCAAGUUUCCUAAAAACUCCCAGCCCAUGAAGUACUAUUUGAAUUUGGGGAUUGCAUUGAGGAACCAAGCUAGUUUGUUUGUAAAGCAAUUAUUGAACACCAAAAGUGAUACUCAAUCAGGGAUAGAAUAUUGUUUAUCUACUGAAAAGUAUAAGGAUGUGUUGUGUGCCGUCAUGACUAUGAUUAGUGUUGAUUUAGUGUGGGGUACCAUGCAAGACACCGGGGUUUAUAUUACUUGGUGUGGGAAGGUUAUUUUGGCCAAAAUGGCUAAUAAGAAGAAGCUUUCAUCCAAGGCACGUAUUCUUCAUCGGAUCUUCCUGUCUUUGAAGUUGAUUCAAGAUUCUACAUGUUUAGCAUUAGAUAGUAUCAAGGAGGAUUUUGAAUCGAAUGUGGGGAGUGGAUAUGACGUGAAUGGUGACAAGUUUGCCAACACUGCCAGAAACACGGCUCUGGGCAAAGCAAGAAUUGAUUUUAUUGUCAACAACUCGUUUAGCUCCGCCACGGUGCCUUCACCUUCAAAGAAGAGUGCCUCACCAUCAUUUGUAAACAAAAAAUUGAUCAACACCAAAAAGAAUGACGAAAAUUUUGCAACAGAUGCCUUGUAUGGGUUGCCAAAUUCAUUAAUUAUAUUGUUUAGCGACACUGUGGAAUUGUUGCGAACAAAGAUCUAUUAUAAAGAGACGAAGAGGAAAUUACCCGAUUCAUUCCCCACACGAGUCGAGGUGUUGAAUAAAAAGUUGAUCAAUUGGAAAUUGGAUUGGGAAUUGUAUCAAAAUCAAAAUGACAAGACAACCACUACAAAAGCCUCCAUUGUUGUAGACGAUGAUCUUGAAGAUGACAACAUGAACAAUGUAGAAGUGGAGCUAUUGAGCGAUUCAAAGAAGAAAUUUUAUUCUCCCAUGCAUCAGGCAACCUAUCAUCAUAUCAUGUCAUUUUAUCAUGCAUUAAUGAUUUAUUUUAAUCGGUUAAUUCAAGAAAUCCCGCCGGUUAAAUUACAAACAAAAGUCGCCAAAACAUUGAACCAUUUGAAUGCGAUUCAAAAAUUAAUUGCUAAGGGCGAGGCCGCCAUUAUUCCAUUGUUUUGGCAAGGGUUCAUUGCGGGGUGUGAAGCAAUUUCAUUGAAUUUACAAUUGGGAUUCAAAAAAUGGGGGGCUGAUAUUGCCCAAUAUUUAGGAAGUUAUUGGGGUGCACGGCAAAUUAUGCUAGAGGUAUGGAGACGAAAGAGAAUGCAUGAGGCACGCGACGAUUGGGUUAGCGUGGUCCAAGACUGGGAAAUGAACCUAAUGUUGAAUUAA